UAAAAGGUUAUAUUAUGGUGCUUAAUACACAUUAAAAUUCGUUUGAUAUAUUUUAACCGAUUAAAUGACUGUUAGUGAAAAACAUUGUAAAUAAUAUCUUAUUUAACUUAGUGAACCGUUGUUAAAAAAUAAGUUACGUGUGUAUUAUGUUUGUGACAGUAAUAAGAAGUUAGGUUUCAAAGUUUUUCAUAGUCAUGCGCACGAUAACUAUCUAAAAAAAAAAAUUAGUAUUCUUAGUGGUAUUAAAUUUCAAUUAUUCAAGUUUUAACUGAUAAGUUUUAAGACCCCAAGUUAAGUUUAUUUAAUUACGAAACAUAAGCUGUCAAUCGAUGACAUAAUUUAAUAAUUGCGGCAAAUUCAACAAGCGCGUUUAUGAUAACGUUAUUUAUUGAUCUGACUCAUAGUCGGUAUACUGGACUAGAUAUUUACAUCUAUAUUACAUCAAUAAUAAUAAUAAUAACACAUCAUGUCAGAUAACAAUAAAAAAAGAGGAAGUAGCUUCCGUAAAAUAUUUCCAAGUUUAUUUUUUUCUAAUAAAAGUAAAGAAAAGACUACAAUUAAACAUUCUAAUCCUAAAAUGAACACUGAUAGUAGUACAAGCCGAAAUUAUUAUCAAACCCCUCAAACUGUAUUUGUAAUGUAUGACAACCAGACAGAAAGACAACAAGAACAUGAUGAAAGAAUAUAUGAAAAUCUUUCUACUUCUACAUUUAAUCCGAAUGUAAAUAAUACUAAAAGUGUCGACAAUAAUGUUUUGAGUAAUCAUUCUUCUAGUAGCACUUUGGUGUCGGAAAAUGUGAAGCAGGAAAAUACGGGCUUGCUAAAUAAAAAUCAAACUGAUGACAUAAAAUUCAUGGCAAUACCUCAGGUUCCAUCAAAGCCACAAAACGAAAUAUACUCUUCACAAUACAAAAUACCAUACCCAGAUGUAUAUUAUCAUUCUCUUGAAAAACUGACGGAUACAAUAUCACCUCUAGAUGAAAUUGAAAUUUAUAGAGCAUCAAAAACACACGCGCAUCCAGCGUCUGUGGGGGCAGAAAUUAAAAAAGUCAGUACGAAAUUUUUAAUAUCUCCGAAAAAAGAAGCCGAUGUACGGAUGAUUCAGCCAAUAAGAGCUCGAAGUCUUUCACCGGAUAAAGAAAAACCCAAUAAUAUCGAAAAAAAUCCUCCAAUAUGUAAAACAGAAAGAUUUCUCGAAAAACCUUACAACUAUUCGGCACCAACUUCUCCUGUAGUUAGUGGGCAUAAAAUUCCAAAUAUGCCUACGACAGUUUCGCCUUAUGAACAUGUUAGAAAAACUAUGAUCGAAGCAGAAGAAAAAAGAAACUCUAUAAAUAGAUCACAUAUUCGUACAAAAGUUACACAACCCUUUUUACCAAGAUCCUCUUCCAGCAUAUCUAAGUCUUCUUCAAUUUCAAAAGAAAGAGUAAAAAUGGAGGAUUUAGUAAAAAAAGAAAAAACUCGUCAAAAAGUUGAAGCCUUUUAUUGGCAAAAAAUAAAGGAACUCAAACAGCAAGAAGAUGAAUAUCUUUUGAGACAAUCAUUAAGCACUUCAAUGAAAGGACCGAGAAUAUACGACAGGAACUCAAAUUCUAAUUGUAGUACUCCUAACUCAUUUAUCGUUGUUUCUAAAAGCUGUAGUGUACCACGAGGGACAGAUACAAAUAGUGCCUUAAAUCAGACUAUCUACACCACUUCGCCAUUUAUUAGAGGGACACCAGAACGGAGAACCGAUUCUUAUAUUAAUAAUCGUGCGUUUUAUUGGGGAACUGAUGAUAUUUACAGACAUCCUGAAAAAAUAAUUGAAAAUAUAGAUAACAGUCAUAUUUUGCCUAUUCAAAAACAAAAUAUAAAUCCAGUUUCUAUGAAACGAAUAAGUGCCGAGAGACAGAAUUAUGUAACAAGUCAUGAAAAUAAAAACUUUCGUAAAAGUGAACAAUUCCGGGUAAAAUUGGAUUUUGGUGCUAAUCAUUUGAAAAAUCCACCGCAACCACCUUUACGUACAACAAGUGUAGCAAGUUCCGAUAGCAAUUAUAGGUUAAUUAAUAACAAUAAAAAAUAUUUUAAUUCUAAAAGUGCUAUUCGGUCAUUGUGUUCGGAGUCUGAAAGCGGUUCAGAAGCUGGAGAAAUUCAACGAAUAAUGGAGAGUCGUGCCCAAAAAGAAGAAGAUUGGCCGGGUGAUCCGAGAAUUGACGGUGGACUGUCAGACGGGGAAGGCAGCCGCGGGCUUACUCGUGGAAGACCCUCGCGCCGAGACGAUCCGAGACGACACACUCUUGCGGGCAAUCAUAAUAUUUACAUGCACCAACAUCAUCCAGGGCACAUCAGUACGAUUGAAAUUGAGGCACAAAGUGCUGCGAAGAUGUCGAAGACAAUCAACCCAGAGUAUUCAACUGUCACGAAAUAUUGCGAUAUGAGACAGAAAUAUUUAGAUCCUCGAUUAAGAAAGCCACCUCUACCGCGUUAUCCUCCACCGAACAAUGCCUUGCUCUUUGAUGACGACCCAGGAGUCAUGUCGGAAGUCGAAACUUCAUCUACAGGGUUUCGACGUGGCGGCAAGCAACGUUCUUCUCUCCCUGUCGUCCGAACUCCUUCAAAAACUCUCGAGAGGCCUCUCGGUCUUGUGUUCCUUCAGUACAGAAAUGAGACAAAGCGAGCUCUACUGCCGAAUGAAAUAACUUCUAUAGACACUGUGAAGGCACUCUUUGUCCGAAGUUUUCCAAAACAGCUCACGAUGCAAUACAUGGACAGUGAAAACGUCAAAAUUUAUAUACAUGAAAAUACGAAAGAUAUGUUUUAUGAACUGGAGGAUGUAAGGGCUCAUCUAAGGGACAUCCGUGACCAUUCUGUUUUGCGGCUUUUCGAAGCGACAGACAUCGGUGGUGGCACGUUCCCGGGGGCGAUGGGCGUCGGUUCGGUUCCAAUGCCGACGGGAAGUUUGAGCUGCUUUGCUUCUAUGUGGGAGUCUGAACAGAACUACUUCAGCGAGCCUGAAAUUGAUUCCGACUAUCACUCACGGUCACAGCACGUGCACAACAAAAAUAAGGGGAAACCGCCUGCUUACUACAUGGGAGGCCAUGCUCCAAGUACAUUACCUCGCGGUGGAGCUGUAUUGAGAGCCUACUCCCCAGCAGCGCCCCCUGUGCCGUCUGAUCGUUCGCAGCAAACUCAAUGUCCCCCUGCGCCACCAAAACCGGUGCGCUCAUAUGUUCCGGGAAGCGGCUCAGAGCGCUGUUUCCCCUUCGCCGCAGCUGAAUGUCCCCGCGGUACCGAUCAACUAUACUCUAUUCCUGCGCAUUCAGAAGAUGUAUAUAUGUCGUCGCCGGAGCGCGUCGUGGCCCCCCGCCCCUAUGAAGACCCCUAUUACACUCAAUUCCUAGGAUCCACUGCCGGAAGACCACCUGUUGCUCCGGUCAUCAACGAAGAAUCCAACGAAACGGUCGUAAUUGACGACUCGUACCAGAUGUAUGGAGGGAACCCGAUAACUACUGCUCCGCGACCUAUGCCCCGCCCACCAUACGAUGCCAGGGCUGGUCCUCCCGUUGACGAAAUGCAACGCCUCCGCGUGGAAAACAUGGAACGCCAGCUCGCGAAUCUCACAGGGCUUGUACAAAAAGCUCUGCAGGUGCCGGGAACAUCUACAGCAGCAUCGGCACCUCCAGCAUCGCCGAGGCUGGAUUACCCAACCUACGCCACAAGACCUGCUGGUCAAGAUGCCGAAGAAUUGGCCAGCAACGAGAGACCUCCCAAAUUAGGGAGGGACAGAUUUCAGAAGUCUGUCUCUUUUGAGAAAUCGGUAUCCUUUAGUGAUGACCCACCAGACAUGAACUCUCCCAAACAACAUUCUCCGCAACAUUCAGCCGAUACCAAACCAACAAAACCAGCAAUCAAGUCAUCAACUUUACCACGGACGUCAUCUCAAGAACGUGAUCGGCUGAAGCCAGCACCGCCGCCUAAGCCGGCAGGUCUUGUGGGACAGCAAAUGAAUCUUGCGCCACAAAGGUCCUACACUCUGAACGUUAACAAUGAUUUUUUCAACCAGCUUCGUGUACUUCAGAAGCAAAGCCGCGAUCUGAGGAUCGAGACACGCAAUCUACGUCGUUCGACAUUGUCGCACUCCGUACAAAUGAGGCAAAUGAUGGCUGAGGCCAUUGUAAAAAUUGGUGAUCUAGCUGCCUCAUUUUGCGAAGACAAUAAAGAUACAUUGGCGCGUGAAGAAGAAAUAUACCGUCAAGAUAUGCUGCUGCUUGAAAAUGAUUUGUAUGAACUAGAAGCUACUGUGGAGCGUCUGCGUGGCCAAGCUGCUAACAGGGAGACUCGCGUCAAUAUGGCAGAUAUUGAGCGUAUUGCUAUGGUUCUCUCAAAAAGUAGCAAGACCGUUGCCGAUUGGAAACUGAAGUUUCCGAUACUACAAGAAACCAUGAAAGCAAAACUGGCCGCUGAAAUGGAGAAGGUGAUACGCAAGGAGAAAUUGCUGGAAGAUGAACCAGAACGUUUAGAGUUGGCUUUGCGUCGUUGCAAAAAACUAACGGGAACUCUUGUGACUUUGAAAAGGUUGGCUUGCGUACAAGAGCAGCGCUUGCCUCUUACUGAGGGUCGUGUUUCUCCCAGCUCUUCUCAGAGCUCAGCCACCGCCGGCCCAUCUUCUGAGGAUUAUAAUUCGGAGAAUGCUUGCGCGCUACCUCCGAAUAAUAAUAAGGGUGCCGCCGUCGCCGGGCGAGGAGCUGCGGGCCGGGGAGCAGCUGACGUCCGGCCGGAGAACGCCCUCGAUGCGCUACUAGACGAACUUCAAACUUUCUCUAAACCUUCGGAGCGCGGCGGACGGGGCGAGGGCCCCUUGCACCGGCUACACUCAUAUCCCAGCGGCAGCGACACGGACGCAUCACCUCCCGUGCGCGCGCGCGGCCAACAUCCACCCAAGCCGCCAGUUCCCGAGCGCCACCCGGAGCUGCUCGCUAUGGCCGUGCGCCGAGCACCACCGCCCCCGCCGCCGCGUACCACUUCCCGCUCGCCUCUCGCGUCUCCCACUUCGCCUUCCUCUCCACCCCGCCCUGAUUCUUCGGAUUCAAAUGAUGAAAAAACUGCUUCGCGUCAGGCACUCCUAGAACAACGUCAUCAGGAGCUCCUGAAGAAACAAAAAGCUUUGCAAGAGCAGUACGCUAGGUUGCAGAUGAUUCAGCGCAGCGGAUCAACGCUACCGCCAAACGCGCAACCAGAUUUAAAGAAAACCGGUAGUGAGUCAAACUUGCUCACCAAACUGAGCCUGAACCUGGCACCAGCCAGUAUUUCGGGAAGCAUGACGCACUUGGCUGGUGACUGCGACACUAAGCGGACCGAGUCACCCGACGGCUCCCAGUCGUCACCGGCCGACGCGGUCGCUACCACCAACAAAGUGUACGAGACGGACAUCCUGUGACCGUGUCAAUUUCGAUUUAUAUCUGUUUAAUUUAACCUAAGUUGUUAUAGAGAAUAAUUUAUAUUAUAUUACACUAUACUGAUUUAACAUGUAUGUAAUAAUGGCAAAUAAGUACAUAUUAAUCGUUAUUGCACACGUGAAUAUUUUAUUAUAUUUGUUAAAGUCCAAUCGUAUUAAGUUGUUUGUAUGAUACAUUUACUAUAAUUUCCUUAUUUGGUGAUGAUUUUCGUACUCGUUAUAUUUAAAAAUUCUAUACGCGCUGCGACCUCUCCAAACUUUUUGCUAACUCCUUUGCCUAUAAUCUUCUAAUCCUAACUUCUAAACAACAACAACGGCAAGAAUACCGGAUAACCGAAUCUCAUAUCAUUAUAAAAUGCAAAAUAAUCAAAAAAAAAAAACAAAAAAAACAAAAAAAAAAUCUGUGUGUAAGCGAACAGCUUAUUAAUGGUGUUUCUGUAUUCCUAGUAUGUCUAUCCCAUUCAAAUACCUUGUAGAUAACUACGUCUCAUUUGCAAGCAGGUAUUUAGAAAAAGUUCGAAUAAAAAACUAAAAAUCAAAAUUGGAAUGUUUUAUAUAAGCAUAUAUUUUGACAACAGGCCCGGAGCCUGGAAGUUGGAAGUGUGUACACUCUCGUGCCUCAGAAAGCACGUAAAGCCGUUGGUCCUGCGCCUGAACUCUUUCUGGUCGUGUCGGAUUGCCGUCCCAUCGGAUUAGGAUUCGGAGAGUUAGCGAAUUGAGAGUGCACCUGUGUUUGCGCACACACUUGUGCGCUAUAAUAUCUCCUGCGUAGUUGGCUAAUCUCACUUGAGAUUGGCCGCAGUGGCCGAAAUCGGUCUGGAAUUAUUAUUUUGAAAAAUAAUCGAAAAUACAGCAAGUAAAACUGACUUUAUUAAAUGAUUUCGAGACAAAUAUUAACCAAAUUACUUUAAAACUUAUAAUAAUCACGAUUUUUUUAUAUGUACCUGUUAUGUAUAAGUACCUAUUUGCAAAUGACAGUAGGUUUAGAGAUCAUUUACACUACGUAUAACACAUUUGUCGUUCUACCGUAGCAAAAAAUAAUUAAAAAAAAAUAAGUGUUUUCUCGUGUCUAUAAAUUACAACUUUUAAGUCUAUUAUUAAUAGCUACGAAAGAACGAUUAGUCAUAUAAUCAUCAAAUUUUACCAUUAGCGUAAAUGUGUAUGAAUCGUGGUAUCUUCUCUCCUAUUAUAUACUUUAUACCGUAUGUAUAUAACUUAUUAUAUAAUAUAUAACCUUACCUAGUCCCUAAAAAUUUACCUGUACCUAUAAUACUUUCAUAAUAUUUUACAAAUAUGUGCCAAACUCACUUCUAACCUUCUCGCCUUUCGUUUUAUCAGGUCUUAUCCACAAUAUAUUUACUAUUAUUUUGUAUUUCUGGCACAACGAAAUCUUAAUACUAUUAUCAAUUAAAAAUAUCGAACUUUAGAUUUUCUUUAUAAACUAAUUAAUAUUUUUGACGGUUACAUUUGAAAUGAAAGAAUUAUGGAAUAUAAAAUAAUGACGAAAUUGGAUUAUAUAAAAUGCAAUAGAACAUUGAGCAGUAAAGUAAAUUAUUAUAUAAUACCAAAAACAUAAAUAAAAGCCCCAAAUCACAAUAACGUAGUAAAAUUUAAAAAUAAAUAAAUCCCUCAAUUCCAACAUUUUAUCGACAAUCAAAGAAACAAACAAACGAUACACAUAAAAAUUGACUGUGAUAAAACAAAAGUUUAAUAAUAAUUCAUAAGGAUGGAAUUCUUAAAUUUUUGAAAAACGGCUUAAUAAAGGUCAACUCGACUCACCUAAAAGAAAUCUACUUUUAUAUUUAUAACAAAAUUAACAAAA